GCACGAUUUCCGGCCAGGUGGUGUUUGCCGACGGCUAUGGCGUGACAGACGGACGAACAGACGACCAGUGACCAGCCAAACGCUCUUCGGAUUAGCUUCCAUGGCCAAGGCUUUUCAAUCGGGCUCAUGUUUAAACAGCUGCGUGAGCGGAACUUGUCCAUAUACAUGAAACCUGGCGACAUUAUUAAGGAAGGUUUUGCGUACAACGAUAGCGAGCCCACGAAUAACGUGACCUUAUGACGCACUGUCUGGGCGUACCGACCAAUCAGCUUUUGCGCCUGGAUAAGAACCUAACGCGAAAAGAGGCGACAAGACGCAUCAGGUAUCUUCCACCGAUCUACAAGUUCCGAACGCGUUACCUCAACAGCAACCUGCAUUAUGCAAUUUUGUCUUAUAUAAGCGAGGUCCUGGAUGAGAAACCUUGGGAAGAUCUCAUCCAAACGACCUUCUUUGACCCUCUAGGUAUGCGCAACUCUGACUUCACGUUUCGCGUCGACAGAAGGGCUUAGGUCGUGGCCACAGGUUACAACGAUGACAAAAUAAACGGUGUGUUGGUCCCUGUUCCGGAAGAGGUUUACAAACAAUGGAGCUAUUACGCCGGAUCUACCGGUAUAAUGAGCGGCUCGGAGGACUUCGCCAAGUGGAUGCUCAUGCAUUUGGCAAACGGCCGCAGUCAGAGCGGGCAGCAAGUGCUGAACGCCGAUGACCUCCAACAGAUACACACCCCGCAGACGGUCAUUCGACCCUCAAAGGCAAUGAAGAUCUUCCAGAGGCCACUGGCUCCCUUCACUGUCACAGAGACGGGCUACGCAUUCGGAUGGAAAACUGGACAUUACAAAGGAUACUACAUGCUGCGUAACACCGGUACGACGUUCGGAUUUACGUCUCUUGUAACGCUGUUGCCGGAGGUUAAUAUCGGCGUGUUUACCACCAUGAAUGGAAAAGACGAUGAUUUUAUCGGACGAACCUUGCUGCACAGUUUCCUCCUGGACACUCUACUGGGCGAGGAACCAACCAUCAACGAGACAACCGUGUGCACGUAUCCGGAGCCCUGGUUUCCGGCCAAGGACACCACACCAAAACCAUUCGUUAAGACGAUAGCACCGAGUCGUGCACUCUCCCAAUACACGGGCGUGUACAAUCACAUUGCUUACGGAGAUCUGGUUGUGUCCAUUAACCACACCGUCAAUUUUCUGCAGCUGGACUACGGUAUUGGCCAAUGGAUCUUGUACCCGACCCAAGGACAGGACACAUUUGUUGGAGAGGCGUUUGGGCUGUUGUACCGUCAAUGGGAACUGUACACGGAACUGCGAUUUCACAUGAACACCCAGUCCCCUGUCACAAUCGUGAUACCAGACUUCGAGCCGAUGUAUCCGCCAGUGUUCGUGAAGACCUCCAGGCAUGCACCCGCAAAUCCGGGCAUCGUCGGCUAACUGCCCCAUCACAUCGUCGAAGCCCACAUUGACUUUAAUAUUCUUGUAAAAAUGUAUGAUGGUAUUUGUUUCCCAUACGGCGACCGACCAAACAACCAACAAAAUUUUCAUAACGAAGAAAAAUAUUUUAUUUUUUAUUUGGGUAAGAAAAACCAACCCGCAAUAUGGUGUAAUUCGUCGUAUUUAAGUGCAUACUUUUCGAAAAUGGCGCAAUUCGAUUUCUUACGAGCAGCAUACACGGACUUUUUAAACAAAAACAUAUAAAAAAGCUUACAUGUGUUUGAAAAAACACACACACACACACACAAUUAGCUUCCUAUACACCCUUUAUUGAUAUCGGUCACGGUACGAAAAACAACAAAUUACUGUUAUUUUGAUUCCAUGCUUCUUGAUCAGCUGAUGUUAGUUUUGUAGUGGUGACGGGAUACAUCGUGGGUUUUGACGAUGGCUCCACCAGUGCACGUACCAUGUCCGAAAUAAAUGAUUUACUGUACAAAAUAAAAAGAAUCGCAAGAA